GUGCUCCGUGCAGGAUGCUGAAUUGUAGGUGAUGAUGGCGGAAGAGGAGCAACGCUGAGUUUCAUCUGAGUUUCCGCCGCAGCUGUAGAACCAUCUACAACAGCGUUUCUCUCCGUCGAGACCUAUCCCGAGGCGAUGGGGAACGAGGCCAGUAUGGAGGGGGAGGGACAGGCGGGACAGCCCGGCCCCGCCGUCCCUGCAGCGGGGGCUCCGGCUUCCAUUUCAGCACCACCGGACUCUGGACAGCUCAUCAAGCCGAGCAAUGGAGCGCCAGCCGGAGGAAGCGGGGCUGGACCCGGCCCGGGGAUUAACAGAGCACCUCCAUCAGAUCCGGGACCGAAAGCAGGAGUCCAGAGCAGCCAUGGGACAGGUGACAGGCUGGCCUCCCAUGACACACCUCAGCAUGCUGCACCCCAGGGAGAGCAGGGCCAGGGUCACGUGGCCAGGAAGAGUCUGCAGGUGGAUGUGGGUAGCAGCAGGACUGGGAGGUCCCCUUCUGUGUCCCCAGACCGAGGCAGCGUCCCCACCUCCCCUUACUCUGUGCCUCAAAUUGCACCCAUGCCCAGCAGCAAACUGUGCCCAGUCUGCAAAACCACAGACCUGAUGGGCACAGGGGAUGACAAGCCGAACUCCAACACCUGCACACAGUGCCGCUCCAUGGUGUGCACCCAGUGUGGCUUCAACCCCAACCCUCACCUCACAGAGGUACAAGAGUGGUUAUGCCUGAACUGUCAGAUGCAGAGAGCUUUGGGAAUGGACAUGACCACACCUCGCUCCAAGAGUCAGCAACAGAUCCACUCUCCUUCUCACGCAACCGAUCCAGAACUCAAACCUGACGCUUCAACUCAGCCUGCACCCCAGACUCAAACCCCUCCUCAGACGCAACCUCCAGCCCUGGCCCAUCCGGCGCCUGGUCCCCCCAGACAGACUGGUCCAGCUGGCCCAGGUCAGCAACAAGGAAAGCGGCUUCCAGGGGCAGUCCCUCUUCCUGGGAUGGCCAAGGCCCCCUCCCAACCGGAUCUGUCCCGUAACUCUCCUGCCCACCAACCCCAGCCCCCCCGCCAGGACCAGACUCGCAGUGCAGGGAGCUCUCCUUCACGACAGCCUCCACCUCCAGAGCAGACUUUUGGGAAGUUGUUUGGCUUUGGUGCUUCGCUUCUUAACCAAGCCAGCACGCUCAUAUCUGAGACUACUCAACCCCAACAACAGCCCCCAAAACCGGCCCCCAAACCAGGAGGACCUCCAGGUCCAGGACCUGGGGCGGGCAAACCCUCAGGACCUCAGCCUACAAAACAGGGGCCUCGAGCCCCUGCUGAGCAUCAACAACAACACCCUCCCCCGGACUCCUCAAAACCAAAAGUCUGUUGUCCUCUCUGUAAGACAAACCUCAAUGUGGGCAACACAGCAGAAGAACCCAACUACAACACCUGCACACAAUGCCACUCCCAAGUGUGCAACAUGUGUGGAUUCAAUCCCACCCCUCACCUAGUCGAGAAGAAAGAAUGGCUGUGCUUGAACUGCCAGACACAGAGGGCUCUGUCAGGAAGCUUGGGAGAUAUUCCAGCUCCUGCUGCGCAGCCCAUGGGAUCCCCCCGGCCAGCUGCUCCAGGCAAUCAACAACCACCUCCGCAGAAAGGGCCAAACCAACUUUCAGGGCCUAGGGCCCCAGGUCCUCAACAGCAACAGAAAUCAGCGGGUCCCCAAGUAAGUGGCCCUCUCUCUAAUGUGAAACAGGCUGGGCCUGCCCCCCAAGCGAAGGGGGUCAGCCAAACUUCCUCUCAAACCAAGGGUUCUGCACAACCCAUUCCUCAAGCCAAGAGUCAAACUCAACCACCUCCCCAAGCUAAGGGUUCAACACAACCCCCAGCUCAGAGCAAGGCACCUGGCCAAGUUAAAGGUCCUAGUCAAUCACAUGCUCAAAGUAAGGGCCCUGCACAGCCUCCUAGCCAAACGAAGGGCCCGAGCCAAGCCAAAGGGCUGACUCAGACAAAGGCAUCUGCUCAGCCCUCUGCUCAGACUAAGGGCCCUUCUCAUCCUUCUGGUGCCAAGACUUCAUCUACCCCUGGUAAAGCUGCACCCAACCAUGCCAAGGCCUCUUCCACCCCUUCAAAAACAGUACCCACUCAGUCUAAACCAACAGGUAACAACCAGGUGCGCAAACAACCGCAAAGCCAGGAGAAGACUAAAGUCGCAUCUAAAUCUCUAAAAGAAGACGUCAAAGCCUCACCGAAGAAGGCACUGUCAGAGACUGUCACUUCUCCAAAAGACAUGAAGAUAGCUGAAGAUGCGCAGAAGUCAAGACACCAUGAAGAUUACAACAAAUCAAGCUCACAGAGUUUAAGUGACACUGGAUACUCUUCAGAUGGAAUCUCCAGUUCUCAGGGGGAAAUUAUAGGCCAGAUCCGGGAAGAAGGAAUCAAGCUCAAUGAAAGAGGUGCUUCCAUUCCCUCAGAAAUCACCAAGUUAGAGAGUUCCAUGAAGCCUCUACUAGAGUCAAAGACUGCUUCCGACUUGAAGCACAGGCCACAUUCGCUGUCUGUAAGUCAUGACCGGGACUACAGUCCUGAGGAUGAUGCAGCAAGGGAUGAAUCAGAGGAUGACCUCAGUUGUAAGCUUCGGCAUGAUUAUGUGGAAGACAGCAGUGAAAGUGGUCUCUCACCAUUGCCAGUAAGACAGAAGAAGUCACAUAAAGACUUAACAGAUGAAGAGUACAUGAGGAGACAAAUUAUGGAGAUGAGUGCUGAUGAAGAAGAAUUAGAAGACUAUGGAACCCAGAAAACUAAAAAGGCACAUAAAACCAGUGGAGAUUUAAACAAAGAGAGACGACGACUCUCUCAACAGUCUAAUAGUUUUGAGGAUGACACCAAGGCAUCAGAGGCUGCUUAUAAGACAAAUGAAGAAGAAGAUGUUGGAAUGGCUGGAGGCCUCCGGCGCUUUAAGACCAUUGAGCUGAAUAACACCAAUAGCUACAACCGAGACAUGGAGCUGAGCACUGAGCAAGACCUACGAGAACCGGAGCUAGAAAUGGAGAGUCUGACUGGUUCUCCAGAGGAGCGGUCAAAAGGAGAAUAUUCAUCUACUCUACCUGCCACCACUCCCAGCUACACCUCCGGAACAUCCCCCACAUCUGUGUCGUCCAUGGAGGAUGACAGUGACAGCAGCCCUAGUCGUAGGGCAAGGCUAGAGGAGGCAAAGCAGCAGAGGAAAGCUAGACAUCGGUCCCAUGGGCCACUGCUGCCCACUAUUGAGGAUUCAUCUGAGGAGGAUGAGCUCAGAGAGGAGGAAGAGCUACUUAGAGAACAGGAGCAGAUGAGAGAUCUAGAGCAACAGAGGAUUCGAAGUACUGCCCGAAAAGCAAAGAGGGAUAAAGAAGAGCUACGGGCACAGAGACGCAGAGAAAGGUCCAAAACACCCCCCAGUAAUCUCUCUCCUAUUGAGGAUGCAUCACCGACAGAGGAGCUAAGACAGGCUGCAGAGAUGGAAGAGCUUCAUAGAUCAUCGUGUUCUGAGUACUCGCCCUCUAUGGACUCAGAGGCAGAAGGUUUUGAGAUGAUUGGUGGAAAACUUUACAAAUCAGGAAAUGAAUUUAACCUUCCAACCUUCACAUCACUCUACUCCCCAACAGAAAAAACAUCAGCAAUGUCACCAUCAGAUAAAACAUUAAAAAGUGCAGAGGAAGUCUAUGAAGAGAUGAUGAAGAAAGCACAGCUCAUGCAAAGGCAAGGACAAACAGCUAGUCAGCAGAAAGGUGCCUCUCAGCAAGAUGGCAAACAUCAUCUUGAAGCUGGAACUGUCCUCACUCCUGGCUCAAGUCCAACCCAGGUUACUGCACCUAUGUCCUUCUCCACAACAGGCAGUGAUCCAAGAAUUUCAGGAAUUCAUGGAGCACAGCAUCUAUCAAAAGAAACACAAAACAGGAUGAUGACACAGAGUGCCAAAAUUGAAGGAGUUGUUGGAGUUGCCACAACCAAAGCCCAAGUGAGUCAGACUGCCAUGACUCGACAGACAGGUAGCACAGUGCCUGCUGGCAACAGAGCAGUUUCUCAGAGGCCAACACAGGCAUCACCUGACCCUGGAGCAUCCUCCCUAACCUCUAAAGUCUUUUCCCUUUUCAAAGGUCCCAGUCCCCCAGUAUCACCUACUGCUUCCCCAACACAAAGCCCAACACAUACACCUUCUGUACGACCCACUGGCAGUAGUGGCAGGCAACUGCCAACUUUGCCUGGAGGCCCUGCAUCAGGUGCAGCAUCCCAUGGAUCUCCAACACCACAGAGGACAGUUUCACCACGUCUUAUACGACAACAAUCUUCUCAAGAUUCACCAGUGAUGGUAAUAACAUUGGGCUCUGAAGCAACUAGUCCUGCCAAGCCAUUAACUGUAAAUUCUUCCACUUCCCCUUUGUCAUCACCAACACAGGUGAGCUGUAAGACAUUUUAUAGCUCUCAGCCCCCUUUGACAAGUUCUCCAACAUCGCCACAAAUGCAUCCAUCACAGCAGUCCCUGAGGCAUUCUUCUCAAAAUGUUGAAAAAGUAAAUGUAGGUAUUAGUGUGACCACAACUGCACAUAGUCGUGGAUCUAUGGAAAAUAUAUCUCUCUGUAAAAUCUCAAAUAUUCCAGGCACUUCACAGGUUGUGGGUCAAGGUCAAACACAUCCAAGUACGAACAUUGUGGAUCUGAGAGCUCCAAUGAGGCCAGCUCCAAUUAUCAUGACAGAUCAGGGCAUGGAUCUAACAUCCCUUGCCUCUGACACAAGAAGAUACUCUUUGGGAGCAGAGCUGUCAUCUGGUAGACACACAGCAGUGCAGCCUCUUAUUAUGAACUUAAAUGCACAAGAACAACCACAUGUAUCUGUGUCAACACCAACCACAGUUAGCGUCACAGUCGCAGGUUCAAUGUUCAUGUCCCAACCCAAGCAACCAAUCGUGUAUGGAGAUCCUUUGCAGAACCGCGUGGAUCUGGGGCAGGGUGUUGGAGCAGCUGUUUGUUUAACCCAGAAUAAGUCACCGAUUACUGACCCAUCUAUUCCCAAAAUUGAUGCCUGUCUGGAGAAUCUGGGUAUACAACAACAGCAACUGCAGUUACAGCAGCAAAAGCUCUUGCAGCAGCAACAACUUCUUGAGCAGCAACUCCAGCAGCACCAACAGCAAUCCUCUUUUGCUCGUUACAAUUUAGCUAAUCAGGUCCAGCCACUGCUGAUUAAAAAAGACCUUGUAGUGAGCCAGACAAGCAGUACCCAGCCUGUAGUGACUGCUAGUGCCAUACCUAGAGUAUCCCCCCUGGCUCCACCAGCAGUGUCUGGGGCUCCUGCUUCUAAUGCUCCCCAUGAAAUGUAUAGCGGAGUUGCCUUAGAGCUAAAAAACAAGCCAACAGUGAUGAACCUGUCCACAGGUAAGCCCCAUGUCAUGAUGGUGCAGCUUGAUGAGAGCAACACAUCACAAGGUGGCACAGUGACUCAACUGGUAAAGCAAGAAGAACCUCCUCCUCCUCCUCAGGUCUUGGAUCUUACUGGACAGAUCAAACCAGAAAACCAAGUGGCUUGUUGUGAUGUUGUUUACAAAUUGCCAUUUGCUGGUUCCUGUUCAGGGUCAUUAACCCAGAAACCUACCACAAUGUCCUCAGAUAAAAACCCCAACCCUGCACCCUCUCAAGCAGCCCAUCCUCUCCAUCCACCACACUACAAUGUCAGCCAACAACAACACCAGCCUCAAGUUACACAAGGAAUGACAGAUGAACAUAAACCAUACCAACCACCCACAGGCCCCUCAGGAAGAAUACAGCCCUCCAUGUCUGAUACUAAUCUUCCGUCCAUGACUGAUGCUGGUCACUAUCAGGGUAAUGUCCAGGGGGGUCUGGCAGUAGAUCUUAGCAGUAUGAAUCAGGCUUAUGAUGGUGCAUACCUUGGCAUGGGAGCACAGUAUGGUUCUUACACAGACUUACGUCACCAAGGAGAUUUUGCAGGCCCUUCAUUACCCCUGCGUCGAUAUGGCUCUAUGUCAAACAUCAGUUCUGACCAUGCUUAUAGUUCACGUGAUCUGUCAGUAUCACAGGACUCCAAUCUGGCCCAGUACAGUGCUACUACUGCCAGGGAGAUCAGUCGCAUGUGUGCAGCUCUUAAUACAGUGGAUCAGUUUGGGAGCCGGUAUGGAAAUAACCCUGAACUGGGUCCAUAUGGGGCUGGAAGGGGUGGACCUUUAGCAAGGCUAAAUCUUCAGCAAAGCUUAGCGUCGAUAAGAGCAAAUUUACUGUAUGGACCAGAUGGAAGACCAAUGGCCAAUGGCCAAACUCUAACAAAUCUAAUAAAUGCUAGACAAGCAAGUAUACGCGCCAUGUACCCUGCUGCUAUGAGAGGAGGUGAUGGCAUGAUAUAUUCCACAAUAAACACUCCCAUUGCCUCUACAUUGCCAAUUACUACACAGCCUGCCUCUGUCCUGCGUCCCAUGCCUAGAGGAAUUUACAGACCAUAUCCCACAGGUGUAACUGCUGUACCUUUGGCUAGUCUUACCAGGUUGCCUCAAGUAACUUCCAGGAUGCCUCUGUCCACCCAGGGACCAUAUUCCUACCCUCCUCCAAACCAGUAUUCUACUUCAGCCACACCAUCAGGAAGUGUGCCUGUGGUAAGCAGCUCUCACCAAGAAACUCCAGUGUACCUUGGAAAGCCUUUAACAACAGUUGCUGCACAAACAGCUGCAACCAUUCCACCAACGCAACCUGCGGCACACUUAGGAGUACAAAGUGGACCAGCACCCGGUAUGCAAACCACAGCAAAUCAGCAAAUAGACCCCACCUUACUUACCUCACAGAGUAUUACACCCCUCUCUCCAGCUCAAGGCCAACCUCCAACUGCCCAGCCAGUGCAAGCUAAAAUGCAACCCCAGCAGUUACCUACUCAAACUGAGCCUUUAUCUUUGACUCAAACUCAACCUCAAGCUCAACCCAUCAGUCAGGCUCAACAAGGCCUGUCACAAGCAUCACCACAUGGAACUGCCCUAGCCCCCACAGAUGCACAGAAAGGUAAGGAAGAUGAGAGACUGAGUCAGCAGCAAGAGCAUGUGCUGCAGCUAGAGCGAGAGCGGGUUGAACUGGAGAAAUUACGACAGCUGCGCCUACAAGAGGAGCUUGAAAGAGAUCGCAUGGAGCUUCAGCGUCACAGAGAAAAAGAACAGUUACUUGUUCAGCGUGAGAUUCAAGAAUUGCAGACAAUUAAACAGCAAGUCCUGCAGCAACAGCAAGCAGAGCGAGAGACACAGCUUAUUAUGCAAAGAGAACAACUGGCCCAGCAGAGAAUGCAGCUUGAGCAAAUUCAAUCUCUGCAGCAGCAGCUCCAGCAACAGUUAGAGGAGCAGAAGAGGCAAAAGACGGCAGCAGUGGAGGCAGCAGCGGCUGCUGCUGCAGCUGAGGCUGCAGCUGCAUCAGCUGCAGCAGCAGCGGCGGCAACCUCUGCCCAGGGUGCUAUACAAGGGGUAGUUGUUGGAGGUGGAACACCUCAAGGGUUCAUUAUCUGUGACCAGAGUGGUAGAGUUAUUCAGCAAGAAGGACAAAGUGUGCAGUUUUGGCAGGAUGGACAAGUAGUCCAAGCUGUGGUGGCAGCUCGACCUAUACAUAGUUCAGUCUCUGAAAUGUCUUUGAGAAGCAGUGACAAACAGGCUGAUUCUAAGAUUAUGAAAAAGCAGAAUUCCAUGCCUCGGCUGAGAGACGGCUCAGAGGAUGACUCUGUUAAAAGGAUCACUGACAGCUGUGUGCAAACAGAUGAUGAAGAUGGAGAGGAUAAAUUCAUGAAUAGGCGCAGGAGAACAAGGCGUAUUGCAGACUGCAGCGUGCAGACUGAUGAGGAGGACCAGGCAGAAUGGGAACAGCAGCCAGUGAGGCGCAGGCGGUCACGUGUAUCCAAGCACUCUGAAUCUAGUGGUGAGGCUAAAUCUGAUGGAUCAUCUAAAGUGGGUUCUGCAAGUAUAGCUAUUCAGACCACAAAUGAUUCAUCAUGCCAGACAGAGCUCGACCAACUAGGCAGGGUUUCUCCUGCAAUCCACAUUACCAUGGCAGAGACCUCAAAGGUUGACCUACUACAUUACAUAGCAGCUCCUGAAAGGACCCACAAAGGAGAGAGUCUGGCCUGCCAAACAGAACCAGAGUCUCACUCUCAGGGUGUGGUUGCUCCUCAACUGAGUGUCCCUACAACCAUCAGUCCAUACUCAACAAGUCUGCAUAUAGUAGGUGCAAACGCAUCUGACCCUACCUCUCCUAGACUUCAAGGAGUGGCUAAAUUUGAGAGGAGGAAACCCGACCCCUUGGAAAUUGGCUAUCAGCAACAAAACGAAUCUCAAGCUCGUCAGCCCCCCAAAUCUCCCCAAGUGCUGUACUCUCCUGUAUCUCCACUGUCUCCUCAUCGCAUGCUAGAGACAACAUUUGCCUCCCAGGAGAAGCUUAACAAAGCUCAUGUUACGCCCCAGCAGAAGGCCUUCACUGUUGAAUCUCCCCAGCGCCACCAGACCCUACCAAGACCCAUAAAAAGUGUGCAGCGUUCCAUGUCGGAUCCCAAACCUCUCAGCCCUACAUCAGAGGAUCCAGCCAAGAACAGGUUCUCCCCAUAUCAUCAGCAAGCUGUGUCUAACAGUCAGAUGGCCUCCCUGCAGCAGCAGCAGAACUCUCUGAUGAGGAAAGUAAAGAGGACUCUCCCCAGCCCCCCUCCAGAGGAGACUCCGCUCCCCAUUGUCACUCCAGCACAAAUGUACAGCUCCCCUGGCAUGCCACAGAGGGUUCUUCCAAGACCUGCCCAGGGAGUCACCAAGGCGGGGCUGCUGAGUGAACUGAAAGCUGUGGAACAAGAGUCGUCAAAGCUCCGCAAGCAGCAGGCUGAACUGGAGGAAGAAGAAAAAGAGAUUGAUGCCAAGCUGCGUUAUCUGGAGCUAGGCAUUACCCAGCGUAAAGAGACCAUGGUGAAGGAGAGGGAGAGGAGAGAGCUAGCCUACCUGCGAUGUAUGGGUGAUGCCCGAGACUACAUGUCAGACAGUGAGCUCAACAACCUCAGGAUGGCAGCUGCAACUGGAACCUUUGAUGCUAAUGGUUUGCUGACAAGGCCCAGCACUGCACCACUGAGUCAAUUUACGAACGACCUCAGUGCAACCUCUCAGUAUCCCUCAACCUCAUCUUAUAUGUCAUAUCCAUACCCCCAAAGUCAGCCAUCAACACAGCAGCCAGGCUCUGCUUACCAACAGAUAGGUUUCCAACCUCCUCAGUACCCUUCAUCCUCUGCACCUCAGCCAGGAACAUUCCAGCCUCAUCCUCCACCAGGUCCUGGCUACCAGAACCAGGGAACCUAUUCCUCCCGCAUGUAUGGCCAGUCCUCCUAUCAAACAGACAUUGGCAUGCAGCAGCAUGGUCACCAGGGCUUCCAUUCACCUGGUCAACCUAUGCCAGGACAGAGUCUUCCUUACCCCAGCCAUAGUUCCUACCAACCAGGCCUCCCAUACCAACCCCAGGCAGAGAUCCUUACAGUCCAUCAAAGACCAAGGCAAACUUCUUUGGCUGACCUUGAGCAAAAACUCCCCACCAACUACGAGGUCAUCAGCAACCCAGCAGUGUCAGUGGCCACAUCAGCUCCAGAUACCAGCUUUGGUUCAGCCUAUAGUAAUGCAUAUGGACAGUACCGCCCCCCUGAGCCUGGACUGACUCACUCUGUAGACAGCCCCACCUCUGCUUAUGCUGCCGAUGGUCUCUACACCUCUAACCUGGAGCAGAAUAUUCCUAGGAACUAUGUUAUGAUUGAUGAUAUCAGUGAGUUGACAAAAGACAACACUAGCCAACCCACUGAUGCUCUAGGUCAUCCUGUAGGAGGACGAUAUCGCAGUGAGAAUGGUCCUGCACGAGGGAGUGCAUAUGGUAGGCCUGAAGAUGAGCCUGUUGAUGCUUAUGGCAGACCUACAGGCUCAGCAGGUUACCAAAGCACAGUAGACAGUCGCACAGGCACCACAGUGAGUGGAGGCUCCUAUUACUAUGAUGAUUAUAAACAUACAUCACGGAGCAGCUCUAGUAGCCACAAACUCACACCCAAAAAUCUUGCCCCUGCCGUAGUGUCCUCUAAACGUAGUAAGCACAGGAAGCAGGGAAUGGAGCAGAAGAUUUCUAAAUUCUCCCCGAUUGAGGAAGCUCGGGAUGUGGAAUCUGACCUUGCAUCUUAUACAAUGACAACAUCAACAGGGGGCACCUGUACAGUUGUGUCCAGGUCCAAGAAACUUCAGGAUGAUGGCACCUAUGGGAUGAAGAAAAAUGCAUAUGACCAGCAGAAAUACUAUGGCACUAGCCGUGAAGGUCUUGAGGAAGAGGACCGCAUGUACAGCUCUGGUAGGUCUAGGUCUACAGGAUAUGGUAUGGACAAGAUUUCCUCCAGAGAUGCCGCAGGCCACCGAAGUAAAUCUUAUGAAAGAGAUGCCAUGGAGCGGUCUCAGAGAAGCAGCCGUGGUGGAAGGCCUCCCAUGCGCAACCAGAAUUCAGAAGAGGAGAGCCCACUCAGUCCUGUUGGGAAGCCUGUUGGCAUGGGAAGAAGCUCUGGUAUACCAGAAGCACAUGAUGUGAGGAAUCAGUAUGGUUCCAGCCAUUCACUGCCAGAUGUGCAGGACCACCAUAAGAAGGACCUGCCCAGGAGUCAUGUCUAUAAACCAGAUGACCCUUACCUUGUAGAUGACAUGCACUGUGCUGUUUCUGACAGUGAAGCCUAUCACUUGGGCCAAGAGGAGACUGACUGGUUUGAGAAGCCACGUGAGGCCCGUUCUGAUCGCUCAAGACAUCAUGGAGGUGGAGGUCACUCCUCCACAGGUAGACGUAGUAAACACACCUACCACGACUAUGACGAGCCUCCAGAGGAAUACGGUCCACAGGAUGAGUACAACCAACAGCGCCACUCUUCUUCUGCAUCACGGGACCACCGUCACCAUGGCAGCAGCUCUAGCAGACACAGCUCUUCUCGCCACUCAUCUGAAGAUCCCAGGUCCUCGCGUUCUUCUAGGACACACCCCAAAGACCCAUCUGGCCGCUCUGAUGGCAGAAGCUCCUCAUCUGCACAAAGAAGGAGUGGCCCAGACUCCCGUUCAGCCCAGGGAAGCCCUCGAAACUCAGGAGACUUCUCUCGUGACUCAGCCUCUGGUCAUCACCACGGCACUGGGGGAAGGAGCCAGAGACCACAAGGUGAUCGCACAACCUCCAGGAGACAGGAUCCCUCUUCAGCAGGACCCAAACCACAGCAACAGCAGCCUCCUCAGGGCCAUACUGGGCAGCAGCGGGCAGGUGGACAGAGCCAGUCCGGGAGACAUCCAGGCUCUGAACCACUUGAUGGCAGUCAACAGGCACAGCCACAUCAGCAACAGCAACAUCAACAGCAGCAGCAGCAACAGCAGCAGCAGCAUCCACAUCAGCAGAGUGCACAACAGCAACAACAGCAACCACAGCAGCACAGCCAGACCCCUCAGAGCAGCCAGCCUGCAACAACCGCAGUAGGACCUGGACAGGCACAGCAGCAGCCAAAAUCGGGCCAAGCCCCACCACAAGGACGCCAACCAGGAGUGGGAUCUGCAGCAGGGCAGCCGGCCACAGUGGCAAAAAUGGAUACCACACCUGCAGCAGCUGCCACAGGAAUGAAAGCUAUGGCAGGAGUUCCACCAGCACCUCAGCCUACCAAAAUAGCCACACCCCCUCUAACAGGCAUCGGCUCCAAGGCCGCCCCUGUUGGGAUCGGUAGCAAAGCAGGAGGUAUUGGCAGCGCUGCUCCAGGUCAGGCACCUGCUGAAGGAGAAAAUGUUCUCACCAAAAUCCUGCAAGGAGGGGCGGCAGAACAGGCGGGAAAACUGGGAGAUGCUUUGUCUGGCCUUGGAAAGAAGUUCACUUCAUUUUGGUGAACUAAAGACUGGAGGGGUAUGCAGAGUUUAAAUGAGAUGGAUUGGUAACUUUGUACUGGAAAACCCUAUGAAACUGCACUAAAUACAUUUCACAUUACAGAGGAAACAAAGAAGAGAGAUUCUGAGUCCAUUAAGCUGGAAUCAAAGGAUGCCUUGUCAGCACUGAAUUCCCCAGACAUGGGCACACGACUGAAGUGAAUUAAAUAAGGGUGAUCGCUUCGUCAGCACGGUGUUACAAGACCGGAGCAGAGGGCUGAAGAGGCCUGAAAGUAAGAGGAUGCUUUGACAGAGCUACAGUCCCAGAAUAAUGAUUGUCGAGACGCCUGAGACCUCAUUAGACCAAAGGAGGACCACGGUCAAUAAUGAGGAUGCAGUGAACUGGAGAGAGGGGGAAGGGGGACAUGAGUCCUACUUCCCCUCCUCUUCUGGAGAAAUCCUCCUGGGAUCUGUGUGACACUAAAAGCGCCGCUAACUGAGUCAGGUGGAAUAUCAUAGGAGAAAUUCAACGUGUUCAUCCAUGCAUGUCCCACCUUUGAAACAGCUCAAUAAAGGAAGCCUCAUAGCGCCCUCUACAGACAGUUUGCUGCAACACCACUCAUGUCUGAGGAGUGCACAUGUUGCAGGGAUACUUGAUUCUACAUUGAUGUCUUCAGAGAAUUUACAAGCAGUGAAAAAGAAAAAAAAAGAAGACAGAUUUCAUAGGUUUUCCCUGUACCAAAGAGACUGAUCUUAGCCUACAAUGACACCACGUACCUGGAGUAAACAAGAUGUAUCACGGCAAUGACAACCAACCCGAUGACACCACUAAAAUCCUUGAAUGCUUGGUUUCUCUGAUCUCUACAGUACAUUCCAGUUUAGGGAAUUUAACCCUUUCUUUGAAUGUGUUUUUAUUUCUUCUUUUUGUUUCAAUGUCUACAGAACGCAUUGUGUAAAUGUGGACACGAGAAUGCACGCACAAGUGAAAAACUGAAUUAAAAAAGCCCAUAUCAAUACUUGUUUCACCACCUAUAAGAUGCCGCUAGUCAUUAGCUAUAGGUUUUUAGGGAAGGGAAUUACUACCAGUGUGCCCACAAGUGUGAGAUUCACACAGAUGAGCGGACCAAAUGAAAGAGUGGCCACGGCUCGUUAUUAGCCAUCGCAAAGCCAUCGUUAUAGUCAGCCCCAGAGCCCUCUGGGACCUUUUUAUUGAUUUGUCUCAUCUUUUAGUUUCUUUUCAUUUUUGCCUGAUAUUCACUGAAUGGAAGAGCCUUAUUCAGUACAUGUUUUUACUUGUAUACCUCAUAUGUUUUAAAAAGCCCAUAUCACCAUGCAUUUCUUUUUACACUGUAUACUAUUGUAUGUACAUAAAACAAAUCAGAGAUAUAAUUAUGUAAAUUUGUCAUUUGUGUAUUUAAUGAAUCACUUUCCAGUGACUUUAGUUUUUUUUUUGUUAUGUGUUUUUCUUUGGUAAAAUUUAUAUUUUUCACUUUUUAUUUGUUUGAAUCUCUGUUUUCUUGCAUCGAAUAAUUUGCUUAUUGAUUUUUAAAAGCAAUAGCAUGCAGAAAAUGGUAUAUAGCACAAUGGUAUAAAUGUUGUUUAAAUUAGUGAUGGGAAAUAUCAAACACUUCUGUCAAUAAAUAGCCGUAAUACAAUUUGUCAGAGGGUUUACAACCACAGUACCGUGUACAGACAUGCAUGAUAUGUGCAGAUGCAUAAGAGCAUGCAGACAGGUACGAACACACUCACAGACUCUCUAUCUAUCUUCCAAACACAUAUACAAAUGCACACGUAUCACACACGUUACACACUUUGCAUCCUAGUUACAUUUCAGAGCCAAGGUUAAUUGAGUUCUAACUAAAUAGACCUGUUAACCUCCUGCUGAUUAAUGGGGUUACCGAUUCACCAACAAGAUGAUCUCACUAACAAGCUGGGCACACUGCCUCUAUUUGUGCAAAGACAGACUCUCACACACACACACACACACACACACACAAACAUAUACAGACUCACACACCUGCAGAUACAAGAGAGAACGAAAGCAAUUAUCAAUUCAAAUGUUCUAUGCAAUGACUCAUUUUGAACCUGGAAGUGAUUCAGCCUAAAACAGUUUAUUAUCAUCAUUGUACUCACGAGAAAACAACAGGAUUAUGAACUAAAAGAGUAAAAAAAAAAGGUACUGAAAAUGUUUUUACUUAGCAACUUGUCUGUAUGAAUUUGAAUAUUGAAUAUUGAACUAGAAUUGUUUUUAUUUUCGUGGCAUGUUUUGACCCCUCACUCCCCGCACGGGGGACUUGUUGCCAAAGGGUAAACUGUGUAGACUGUCGGUUUUGAAUGUCCACCAUCAUGUUGCUUUGAAGCAUGGGUUUGCUUGGCUUUGUCUGGCUGUUUGUAAGCCCUCAUUCAGUUUUUGUGCGUUUUGGCUGACCUGGGCUCCUCAGUGUUUGGCUUGCAGUGACUGUCUGUGCUGCUAUAAACAUGUGAUACAGAUGGUCAGCACUUCUCAUUAAUACGUGUCAUUGUACAUAUCGGGUGUCAGUAUAACCUGUUGGGUGAAUGGAAUGCUUCUAUCGGAUAUUUCAUCGUUGAUUAACCCACUCAGCAGCCAAGCCAUUGGAAAGGUGCAUGAUUAGAUCUUAUAUUCUUGAAAGUUGUACCUGAAUUUAAGAAAGGUAAGGCAUGAUUUCACCAAGGUUUGCCUAACGAACCUUGACUUCACUGGCCAACGUAGAGAAUAAUAAUGAGUAAAAUGUUCAGCCAGUCAUUCACAAAUCAGGGCAUGUCAUUUUGAAAGCACAAGCCUGACUGGUAGCACUUGCCGCUGGAUGAAAAGGCAGAACUGUGGAGGUUGCAUAACAGUGCCUCUAACUGAACAGUGUAAGAUCACAACAAGGUGGAGAUGCGAUCUGGUCGGUAUGAGGCUCAUGAGACAAAACAGCCUUCAGUGCAGCCAUCCAGAUCAACAGAAAGGCAGAUAGACACAUUCUCACAUUCUUACUGUAAAUACAAAUUCAUUCUUCUGUACAGCUUUUGAGUUUUGAGUACGGCUGUCAUGUGCAUCCCCAUGCCGUAUUUGCUGCCAACUUUUGUGUAUAAAAAAAUAUUUAUUAUCACAAUAAUGAGGAUGAUGAUGAAACUAAUGAUGAAGAUGAUGAUGAUUAUUAUUAUUGCAUAAGCAUAGUGUAUGUGGCUGACUUGUAUUGACUGUUUACAACAGUGGAACAAAACGUGUAUUCAGAAACAUAUCCAGUCUGUGUAGAGUUUCUAUACAUAUUGUAUUUGUAAAACAAUAUCGGAAAAAAAAAACCUCCCUGGCAAUUGCAGAGCAGAAUGCUUUUGUCAGACUAUCAGGAGGUCUUCGGUUUGAUGGAUACGAUCUGCAAGGUGAUGAAGGGAAGCGGCGUUAAAAAAAAAUCAGUUAAAAAUCUGGAAAAUGUCAUUCACUGUUGUAAGUGCAAUGAGCAAAAUGUCAGUCGUGUAUCCAUUGUGAAACCUUGUGUUCUAUUCAGUGUAUUCCUGUAAACAGAUAGAGUAAAAAUUUUGGUGCAUCAUGUCAAGUAAUGUGAUUAAUGAAAAUAUUGACCCUGCAAUUUCCGAACAGAGAAAAGAAUAAAAAGAAAAGGAAUAUAUUGUGA